GGCGAUUGUUUAUUCCAAGAGGCAACAAGACUGAGCAAAGGGAGAUAGAUAAUUAAAACAAGUGUUGACCGUCGAAUAUCGAUGUUCUUGAAUUAGAACUUUUUUGCUGUCUCUCUAGUGUGUAAAUCAAAUCAGCUGACUGAUCAGUUUCAGAUGCAGACAUGGGAGGCGUGGGCGAGCUGUUCGUCGGUGCUGCUCUAGGAACCGUGUUUGCAGAGUUAUGCGGCUCAGUGAAGGACGCCAAGAACCGUCUCAAAGACUUCAAGAAGAGAUUGCAGGACCUGGACGUAACACUCCAAGAUCUAGAUCCAAUGGUGAAAGACAUACAAAACUUGAAUGCACAGCUGAAGCGAUCUGAUCAGCGUGAAGUGGAGCGUUUAAAGUCACUGUUGGAAAAGGGUGCGAAGCUGGUUUCCAAGUGCCUUCCCUUACGAGGACGAGACUUUAUCAAGAAGAUAUAUUACCACAAGAAGUUGGAGGAGCUGGACAACGACAUCAUCAGAUUCAAUAAUAAACACACCCAAUUGGCCACAUUUCGGGACGUCAAGCUUCUACACUUGAAGGUCGACAAACUCUCCGAUCAGAUUCAAAACCUACAACCUUCCGGUUCCGGAGGCGGUGGUGGUGGUUCCGGUGGACCGAUAUAUCGGGGAGCUCCCGUUGUAGCUCCUCCACCUUAUACCGGAGUUCCAAGGCUUAACAUACCGGGGCUCAUUCUCUUAAUUAUUCUCCUUUAUGUUACCGGAGCUGGAAUAGUGAAAAUUAUUUUCUGUGUGUUUUUGCUUAUCUGCAAACUCGUCUUGUCGUUGCUUGAAACUGACACAGGUGUGGCGAUGAUCAUAAACGACGCCGGUACGCUGAAAACGACAAUAAAAAAUCUGAAGGCUACUAUGAAAUCACUGGCUGCGGUGCUGGAGGAGAUAGAGUCAUCAGGUAAUUACAAACAACGAGGGCUGAAAAACGGAGCAGAGGGAAGAGAAAUUGGUGAAAGACUGAGACGAUUGAUGGAAGAAGGUGAGAAGCUGGUUGUGAAGGGCUCCAAGAUAGGGUCGUGGAACAUUGUGAAGAACUGGGAGUACCAGAAGAAGAUAGUGGAGCUUGAUCACACUCUCUUGAGGUUCCAUAGCCUUCACCUGCAAGCUCGUUUGGCGAGAAGGGGUCACGGAAUUACAAGUGAGAACUUAGAGAUGCAGGACGAUGAUUCGUUUAAGCACGCACAUUAUUUUGAUGAGGAUCCACAUAUCAUGGAAGGGAGGCACAUGGAAACCAAAGCGUAUGAAUCAGAAUCGUACAAUAUGCUCAACAAUUUAGACCCGUAUCAGUUUCUGGACUACAAUCGUCCCGUUGUUUCAAGUGCCAUUGGUGGGUUUCAACAACAAGCAUUGGGAAGCUAAGCUAAAAUAGACAGCUUCAACUUUCACGUUUUAUUUUUUAAUAUUCUUAAGACUGGAACUAUUGAAAACUAAUUGUUCUUUAGUUGGAUUUACAUUGUACUUGCUCCUGUUUUUUUUGUUUAUGAGUCACAUUUCAAAA